GCUGAACUCAUAUCACGCUUAGUCCACCCUGGAGGCUGUAGGUUUGUGCUCAUGCAAGGUUGCUCAGGAGCAGUCAUCAAGUGUAUUGUGCCCACCUGUGCUGAGCCACCGCCAAGCAGAGCCGAGAAUUCCUCUUCUGUCUUCGAGUUCCCCAGGAAGCACAGCAGAUUUCAUUCUGCUGGUUUAUCUCUACAAGAAGCUGCCAAAGCCUGAUCCUGCCAGCUCUGAUCCUCUGCUAGGAUUGCAAUUCACCGACACAGAGAUUGAAGCAAGUUCCCAAGAACAGGAGGAAAAAUGCUCCGGGGCCGCUCCCUCUCUGUGACGUCCCUGGGUGGGCUGCCUCAGUGGGAAGUUGAAGAACUGCCCGUGGACGAUUUACUGCUCUUUGAAGUUUCUUGGGAGGUGACCAAUAAAGUUGGAGGCAUCUGUACUGUGAUUCAGACAAAGGCAAAAAUAACAGCAAAUGAAUGGGGAGACAAUUAUUUUCUGAUAGGCCCGUAUUUUGAGCACAACAUGAAGACUCAGGUGGAACAGUGUGAGCCUACAAACGAUGCUGUGAGAAGAGCAGUGGACACAAUGAAUAAGCAUGGCUGCCAGGUGCAUUUUGGGCGAUGGCUGAUCGAAGGGAGUCCUUAUGUGGUGCUCUUUGACAUAGGCUACUCAGCCUGGAACCUGGACAGGUGGAAGGGUGACUUCUGGGAAGCGUGCAGCGUUGGCAUUCCGUAUGAUGACCGAGAAGCCAAUGAUAUGCUGAUAUUUGGAUCUUUAACUGCCUGGUUCCUAAAAGAGGUGACAGAUCACGCAGCCGGUAAGCAUGUCAUUGCCCACUUCCACGAAUGGCAGGCAGGGACCGGACUGAUCCUUUCUCGAGCCCGCAAACUUCCCAUUGCCACGAUGUUUACCACGCACGCCACAUUGCUUGGUCGCUAUCUCUGUGCAGCAAAUAUUGAUUUCUACAACCAGCUUGAUAAGUUUAACAUAGACAAAGAGGCAGGGGAGAGGCAGAUCUACCACAGGUACUGCAUGGAGCGAGCCGCUGUCCAUUGCGCACACGCGUUCACCACGGUGUCUGAAAUAACAGCAAUCGAAGCGGAACAUAUGCUCAAGAGGAAGCCUGAUGUAAUUACUCCAAAUGGAUUGAAUGUUAAGAAAUUUUCAGCAGUACAUGAGUUUCAAAAUCUCCAUGCCAUGAACAAAGCUAGGAUCCAAGAUUUUGUUCGAGGUCAUUUCUAUGGUCAUCUCGACUUUGACCUUGAAAAGACCUUAUUUUUUUUCAUCGCUGGAAGGUAUGAGUUCUCAAACAAAGGAGCAGACAUCUUCCUAGAAUCCUUAUCCAGGCUAAAUUUCCUGCUGCGGAUGCAUAAGAGUGACGUCACGGUGGUGGUGUUUUUCAUUAUGCCUGCCAAGACAAAUAACUUCAAUGUGGAAACUCUGAAGGGACAGGCAGUGCGAAAACAGCUAUGGGACACUGUACAUUGCAUGAAAGAAAAGUUUGGAAAGAAACUCUAUAAUUCAUUAUUAAGAGGAGAAAUUCCUGACAUGGCUAAUAUUUUGGAUCGCGAUGAUCUAACAAUUAUGAAAAGAGCCAUCUUUUCAACACAGAGGCAGUCUUUGCCCCCGGUGACCACUCACAACAUGAUUGAUGACUCCACCGAUCCCAUCCUCAGCACGAUCAGACGGAUAGGGCUUUUCAACAACCGCCCAGACAGGGUCAAGGUGAUCUUACACCCAGAGUUUCUUUCUUCCACCAGCCCCUUAUUACCCAUGGAUUAUGAAGAGUUCGUGCGAGGUUGUCAUCUUGGAGUAUUCCCAUCUUACUAUGAACCCUGGGGUUAUACCCCAGCCGAGUGCACCGUGAUGGGCAUCCCCAGUGUGACCACAAACCUCUCCGGCUUUGGCUGCUUCAUGCAGGAGCACGUGGCUGACCCGACUGCUUAUGGUAUUUACAUCGUGGACAGGAGGUUCCGCUCUCCAGAUGACUCGUGCAAUCAGCUGACUCAAUUUCUCUAUGGAUUUUGCAAACAGUCACGCCGCCAGAGAAUUAUCCAGAGGAACCGGACAGAGAGGCUGUCAGAUCUUCUGGACUGGAGAUACUUAGGCAGGUAUUACCAGCAUGCCAGGCACUUGACAUUAAGCAGAGCUUUUCCAGAUAGAUUCCACAUGGAACCCACAUCACCACCAACUACGGAAGGGUUUAUGUACCCCAGGCCUUCCUCGGUGCCACCUUCUCCUUUGGGGUCUCAGGCCUCCAGUCCUCAGAGCAGUGAUGUGGAAGAAGAGGAUGAGGAUGAGAGAUACAACGAAGAGGAGGAGGCGGAAAGGGACCGGCUGAAUAUCAAGUCGCCGUUGUCUCUGAGGCACGUUCCUCGUGGGAAGAAAAAGCUGCACGGUGAAUACAAGAACUGAGCUCCACACCUGCUGAGCAGAACUGGUUUCCUAAGAACACAGAGGAAUGGUUACUGAUGAAAAUGGAUUUGCCAGGGCUUUAAUGUCCUUCUAGUACAAUGGAAUUUCUUCUCUGCCUAAAAAGUGGAGGAGAUUCAGCAAAUGGCCAUUUUACUAUUUAGAAUAAGAACCAAAUUAUUUUUCCAUCUGUUGUUUUCCCAGUAUAUUUAGGCAUGAAAGAAGGGUGUUAAAGUGGUUAGACUUAAGUAAGUAUUUUGUAGAUGACUAAUUUAAGCAGUAAAAUUGUUUUCUUAUUGGUGUUUAUUUUAAAAUUAUCACCACCAUACUCCUUUGCCUAGCAUUUAGUUUCUAUACCUUACCAAACAAGUCUCCCCUCUCCCCCUAAAGAAUCCUGAUUUUGGCCUUGAAUGUGUUCUACCUACAUAUAUUAAAUAAAUAAGUCUUUGCUGACCUCA